CUAACGCAUGGUUUUGUCCAGUUGAUGUAAAACAAAAACAACACGAAAGUCGCACAAAAACAUUGCCAAAAGCUGCAGCUACAAAGUUCAAGAUGAUUACGUUAGAGGAGCUAAAGAAACUGAGACUGAUACAUUUGUGCGUAGCCAUAACGUUUUUUACGAGUGGCUUGACAAUAAACUUUACUCAACUGUUGCUACACGUAUUGUUAAAGCCAUUUAAUAAGCAUUUAUUCCGCAAGUUGAUGUACUACUUAUGCUAUUCACUCUACUCACAGUUGGUUUUUAUUGCUGAUUGGUAUGCUGGCUGCAGGAUGCGCGUCUAUAUGGACGCGGAGGACUUUAAGAAGUACGCUGGCAAGGAGCAUGUGCUGCUUAUCAUGAAUCACAAAUAUGAAAUUGAUUGGUUAGCUGGCUGGCAGAUUUGCGACAAGGUCGGCGUGUUGGGUAAUUGCAAAGCCUACGCCAAGAAAGCGAUUCGAUAUGUGCCCUGCAUCGGCUGGGCCUGGUGGCUAGCAGAGUUCGUCUUCCUCAAUCGUGACUAUGAUAAGGACAAGGAAAUUAUUGCCAAUCAGCUCAAGAUUGUAUUCUCUUACCCCGAUCCCACCUGGUUGCUGCUCAAUGCCGAGGGUACACGUUUUACUCCCAGCAAACAUGAAGCUUCGGUCAAGUUUGCCCAAGAACGUGGCAUGACUGUGCUUAAGCACCAUUUAAUACCUCGCACCAAAGGAUUUACAGCCAGCUUGCCCAGUCUUCGUGGCAUUUGUCCAGUCAUUUAUGAUAUCAAUCUGGCCUUCAAGCAAGAUGAGAAGGUGCCUCCCACCAUGCACUCUUUGCUCAAUGGCAAAAGCGUUGAGCCCUACAUGUUAAUGCGUCGCAUACCCCUGGAGCGUGUGCCGGACGAUGAGAAGGAAGCCGCCGCUUGGCUGCAACAGUUGUUUGUGGAAAAGGAUCGUAUAAUUGAUAGCUUCCAUGAGACGGGCAGUUUCUUUGAGAAAUCGGGCGUUGAGGAAGUUCCCUAUACCGUCACGGAACCCCGUCUUAGCAGUUUGGUCAACUUUUUUGGCUGGGCCACCUACUCUAUGUCUUUAGUCGCUUACUACCUCAUUUCUUCACUGUUGGCCGCUAAUUGGACCGGCCUAAUUAUUGCUCUAUCAGUUUUAGGCACCUUUUACUGGUUGAUGGGUUCCGCCAUUAAAUCCACGCAAAUCAGCAAGGGUUCUAGUUAUGGAGCUAAAACCGCUAAAGCGAGCACAAAUUAACUUUUAAUUAGUUAAUACACUAUUCAUUUCGAUUUGUUAAUCAACAAUAUUUUUAGUCAAUCAGCCAAGCUAAAAAUCUCACAAUUAACAUGUAAUAAUGCGCUUAACUCUGUCUGAUAUUGUGUUUAUCAGUUAUCUACUUCCUCUAUGACUUUCAUAUUUUUGUUAAUUAAGCUUGGCUAAAAACAAAAAACAAGUUUGUUGACUAAAAUCAAAAUACAGUUCAAUUAUUAGGACUUUGCCGCACACUGGACAAGUUUAAAUGUAUAUUAAUGCAAUAGCGAAAAAUGAAAGCGUUCAAAUAAAAUGCCAAUGUUAAUGUAUUUAGCUAACU